GUGGCGGUGCGCAUGCGGCACGAGGGGAAAAGACCGGGAACCUGAGGCGGUCGGUAGGGGAGACGCGGACUCACUCCCUGUCCCUGAGGAGAAUCUCGAGUUUACAACCUAUUACUUUUUUUAAAAUAAAACGUUGUAUUGUGUACACGAUAUAAAAAGAGAUUGCGAGGCGGGCGGGCGGGGCGGGGAGAGGUAAAGGGCGCGCUACCGAGAGGAUUAACGACGGUGUAGUCCUGUAUAUAUUUUUUUAAAAAUAACGUCUGCAGCUCUGACGGUGUGAAAGCGCCGUUUGUUUCACCCACAAUCCGGCGUCGCGGCGGCAGCAGCAGCGGAGCGGAGUUGGGCUGUGAGGAUUUAUUCAUUUGAGAAACUUCGUUCCUGAAAUGGAAGAACAUUUUGUUGUCAGAGUUCGCGGGCUUCCAUGGUCCUGCACUGUCGAUGAAGUACUAAACUUCUUUUCAGAUUGUAAAAUUGUGAAUGGAACUUCUGGGAUACAUUUCACUUAUUUAAAAGAAGGCCGCCCAAGUGGUGAAGCCUUUAUUCAGCUGGAAACUGAGGAUGAUGUGAAAAAUGCUCUUGCAAAAGAUAGGGAAAGCAUGGGCCAUAGGUACAUUGAAGUGUUUGAAACUAAAGCCACUGAAAUGGACUGGGUAUUAAAACACAAUAGUCCAACUCAAACUGAGACAACGAGUGAUGGAACAGUGCGGCUUCGAGGCUUGCCGUUUGGCUGCAGCAAAGAAGAGAUUUUGCAGUUCUUUACAGGGUUGGAAAUCGUGCCAAAUGGGAUAACAUUGCCGGUGGACUACCAGGGGAGAAGCACGGGGGAAGCCUUCGUGCAGUUUGCAUCAAAGGAGAUAGCUGAAAAAGCACUGGGGAAACACAAGGACAGAAUAGGGCACAGGUACAUUGAAAUCUUCAGGAGUAGUAGAGGUGAGAUUCGGGCUUUCCACGACCCUCCGAGGAGACUGAUGGGGCAGCGUCCAGGACCAUAUGACCGACCAAUGAGUGGAAGAAGUGGCUAUGGUGGUCCUGGGCCUAUGCGAGAUAUGUUUGACCGUGCCCGGCGUGGAUCUGGAUAUAGUGGAGGUUACGGCGGCUUUGAGGAUUAUGGCUACGAUAACUAUGGUUAUGGACGCGAUGGUUUUGGUCACAAUUCCAGAGCAGGUGGAAUGAUGGACAGAGGAAUGGGGAGUCGUGGUUAUGGCGGAGCAGGGGAUGCCAGCCCAGUGUUUCAGAACGGCACUGGUCAUUGCGUACACAUGCGUGGGCUGCCUUUCAGGGCAUCUGAAGCAGAUAUUGCCAAUUUUUUCUCGCCACUGAUCCCUGUGAAGAUCAACUUUGAAUAUGGUUCUGACGGGCGGCUGACUGGUGAGGCUGACGUUGAGUUUGCUACUCAUGAAGAUGCAGUCGCUGCCAUGUCCAAAGACAAAGCGCAUAUGCAACACCGAUAUAUUGAAUUGUUUCUGGAUUCAACUGCCAGUGUGGGAAGUGGCUAUGGAAACCACAGAAUGGGAGGCAUUGGUAACGAUCAAUAUGGCAGUCAAGGCGGCUAUGGGCACAACAGCCAGGGAAUGGGGAAUAGCUAUGGCGGUGUGAGUAAUAGCUAUGGAUAUGGAAGUCCAGGAAACUCGCGAUUUGGCUAUGGUGGUAUGGGUGGAGGUGGCUACUACAGCAGCCAGGAUAGCAUGGGGAUGGGCAACUUGGGAGAUGCCAGUCUAGGAGGCAGUGGAUGGAGAAUGUGACCUGUUACUGUGACCACAACUGGGCCAGAAGCUUCAAGAACCCAAACCGGAUAUCGCGAUCUCUAACGGAUGACCAAUGCAAAAUUAAUGCUGUUAAAAUUAAUCUUUAAUAUAGCUACUUUGCCAGUUUUUUUACACAUGUUUUGGUAUGGAUUUUUUUGGGGCCUGACCAUCUUACAAAACAAGUGAGCAGGUUUUUGAAGCUUCAGGUCACAGCCUAAUAGAAGAAUAGAUUUGUUCUGAAAGAUAAAUAUUUGGACUCUACUUCAGUGACUAUGUGGUGAAUCAAGGUAAAUAUCUAGUACAACAGCCUUGUUUUUGGUUAACUUUCUCUCUUUUUGUUGUAUUUUAUUUUAACUAAAUGGGAAUUUAGACCUGUGUGAGUGUGCUGAGAUGAACAAAUGUGUGUGUUUUCUACUUUUGCUCUUGAUACCACUUCAAACUGGGCACAUGGUGAACUGUUCCCUUUCUGUGAUUUUGAUACUUGAUGCGUGUCAAGCCAGAAACUGCUGAACCACCAACCAAACACUAACUCCAUGGUUUGCUGAACAGCUUUAUAUGGUGAAGCACAGGCAAAGAUGUGCUGUUAGAGAUCUACUAGAGUAUCCUUUGGCUGGUCUCUCCCAAGAGCCUUACUGAAGUCAGUUAUGCACCAACCCAUCAUUGGGAUUUUGUUCCACUGCUAGCUGGAUUCUACCUUAUUUUAUAGUUUUCCUUUUGCUCCCUUCUGACCUUCCCCAAUUCCCACCCUUCCUGUAAAUUCAGGAGUUGCUGGAUUGGUUUUAGAUGGAAUACUCUUCUUGUCAGCCCACUUCAGGUCUGAUCAGUUACAAUCUUGUUUUGACUUGCUCGUGGAUUGUGUAACGAUGGGACACUGAGCUGUCACAAAGCCACGGUGUGGUGCAGACAAAUUGUUAUAUUUCCUUCCUGCAUUUAAUGAGUAUUGUCAACAUUUGGCGUUGGAUAUCUUGAUGGUCAUCCUUUAUUUUGACUUGCUAUGUUGAAUUUUUUUUAUAUAAAAGUGUCUAGUUCUUGUGGUAUUUUAACUUUGAUUAUUUUCGUACCCUUUAGCAAUGUAGUUCUGAAAAUGGGGGGAGGGGAAUUAAUUCCUGACACCCUUUCUUCCACUUUGGGUGCAUAGUUUCUCUCCUGAGUAACUUGCCUUUGAGUUACUAUGCUUCGUUCUGUGAGAACAAUAGACCUGAACUUUAUUAUGCAGUUUUUUUUAAUCUGCACAUUUUUCUGUCGUAACAUCUUCAAGAGGAAUUGUUUCCUGUACAUUUCUAAUGGUGAAUAUAAUAAAGUGGAGUUUCAGAA